AUGUCAUAGAGAUAGCCCCUAGGGCUACUCAACACAACUAUAUAAGUAGAGGAGCAGGCAGAACCCUUUACCUGACCUCCAAGCCUUUGGAAAACAUCAUACAAGAUCCACCUGAAAGAAUGAAGGUUUCCGCUGUCAUUCUGCUGUUCUGCUUGGUGGCUACCAGCCUCGCUAGCUUCUACUACCCACCUAAGAUCGCGAAGAUCCUCGUCAUUCCUAAAUACGGCUAUGGAAGCUAUGGAGGCUAUGGAGGCUAUGGAGGCUACGGAGGCUAUGGAGGCUACGGUGGUUACGGAGGAAUCGGCGGCUUCGGCGGCGGCUUUGGCGGCGGCAUCGGCGGUAUUGGCCUCCUAGGCGGUGGUCUAGGUUUUGGCGGAGGUUUUGGCGGAGGUUUUGGAGGAUUCGGUGGUGGUCAUGGAGGCAAAUACUAUUGAUAUCACUGAUGGAUC